UUGAAUUUACUUCCGGUGUAAAACUCCCACGAUCUGUCAUAAUAUAUUUCAGCAGUGAUAUAACGAAUUCGCCAACUUGUCUGGAACUGUACGCACUUUAACAGAAUGGAUCAGGGACGAGCGAAGUCGGCCAUGGCCACAGGGCCAGCCGUCACUUGCAUGAAAACGCUUUUGAUGGUGUUUAAUUUUCUGUUUUGGAUCACAGGCAUUGCCAUCCUUGCCCUUGGCAUUUGGACAAAGGUGGACUUGUAUAAGUAUAUGGAACUUUCCUCCAUCUACUACAAAGAAUCACCGUACAUCCUGAUCGGAGUCGGGGCUGUCAUUGUCCUUGUUGGCUCGCUGGGCUGCUGUUGCACAGUCAAGGGAAACUCCAUUUUACUCUAUGUAUAUGCUGUAUUCCUAGUCGUGGUGUUUGUGGUAGAACUGAGUGCCGGAGCAGCAGGAUUUGUUUACCAGAGCAAGUUGGAGACUGGCUUCAAGGAAGGCCUUCAGACGGCCCUGCAUAAAUACCAAGUGAACACAGAAAUAACAGCGGCCAUGGAUGACCUACAGACCCAGCUCAAGUGCUGUGGAAUCCACGGCUACACGGACUGGGUAAACAGGACCACCACGACUAAAGGCAAGAUUCCCAGUUCCUGUUGUGUGGACCAGACCAAAUGCCCCACUGACCCCUUGCCAGACAACGUAAAAGACUGGUACUCGAAGGGCUGCUACUACACAGUUGUAGAUUUCAUGCAAAGCAACAUGGGGAUAAUAGGGGGUGUUGCCCUCGGGAUCUCUUUCUUCCAGGUGUUUGGUGCUCUCCUUGCGUGCUGUCUGGCUAAGAACAUCAACAAGGCCAAGUAUGAACAGGUUGCUUAGAACAUCAAAGAUGCUGGAAAAACUCCUCUGCUUCUUUAUAGCAGCAGACAAGUGACCAAUGGAAGAAGGGAUUAGGAAAUGUUAACACUAAAUCACACCUCCCUAUAAUAACACUUAAUGUAACAGUUUUUCUGAGAUAUAACUGUCAAGCUUGGAGCAGAAGUGACAGUUCCGCAAUACUUGUAAGAGAGACAGGUCUCACUAAUCUAUCACUUGUCUGUAUGUGAAGUGCUUAAUCCAGUAUAAAAUACAUGUAUUAAAAUUUAAUAGAAUGUUGCAAUUUUAAUUCAUUCACCCCUGAAAUUUCCUAAUGAACUAUUCCGACCUUUGAAUAAGAAGAGUUCAAAUGUGUCUCCAGGGGUAAAUGAGUUAAUAGUCCACCAUUGAUAACCCUCUUCAUUGUCUUGAACAGCUGACAUAAAUACAGUGCGUGUUAUAGGCAAAAUUAUCAAAAUAUACAGCUGUCGAGCCAGAAAAGUUACUCUGAAAUGACGAUAUAAUGGAAACUGUAAGUGUUAAAUCAGACAGAAUAGGAAACAAAGUAUACAAGCCACGUUUUUGGUAAAUAUAGAGUAGAGUGGUGCAUUUACAAGUUGUCUGCCCUUGUGUGUAAACAUUCUUAUUUCUUCAUCUUCAUCUUUACACCUUCCUCCUUCUUUAUGCAAAAGAAUGUAAAUCUGUUGUAAUGAUCUUGUGUAUAUUUUUGAUAACUCAUGGAUCUGAAAAUUAU